UUAUAGGUGUGGUUGGGUGGGAUCACUGCCUGGAGCUUCCAGAUAAUUCUAACUUAUUCUUUACUUGGCCUCUAUAUAUAAAUUUUUACUAAAGUCAGAAGCCUGAAGCAUAAUAAUUAUCAAAAUGGAAAUGGAGGUAGACGAUUCAGUGCCAAUGUCACAUGUCGAAGAACUGAAAUAUUUGCUUACUUUAGCAAAGCACCCAGAGACUAUCUCUUUAUUAAACAAUGCCCUGAAGAAGUCCAGUAAUGAGCAAAAUGGAGAGGAAAUAAAAGAAGUCUCAAUGAAGCCUCUGACCACAACACAUAAGAAGCAGCUUUUGACGAGCACGAAAAUAACAUCUUAUGGAUGGGAUCAGUCGGAUAAGUUUGUUAAAAUAUAUAUCACUGACGUUAAAGGGAUUGAUAAUGUAGGAGCUGAUAACGUGAAGGCAAACUUCACUGAUAAGUCGUUUACAGUUGAAUUGAUUAAUGUUGGCGGAAGGAAUUACUCGUUAGUCAUUAAUGGAUUACUGAAUCCUAUUGAUCCAGAGAAAUCAACUGUCAAGGUUAAGAGUGGUAUGGUAACAGUAUCACUGAGGAAGGCGUCAGCUGAGAACUGGUCAGUUCUGACGGCACGAGAGAAGAAACUCAAGGAAGCAAGAGAACCGAAGCCUAGCAAACCAGAUGAAAAGGAAGACCCAGGCGCUGGUUUGAUGAAAAUGAUGCAAAAGCUCUACGAUGAAGGAGAUGAUGAUAUGAAGAGAACCAUAAAGAAGGCCUGGCAUGACUCUCAGGAGAAAAGAGCCAAAGGAGAAGAGAUUAUGUGAAUCAAAGAGAAACUGUUAUAAUAAUACUGUCUGGAUUUAAAAUAAUUAUUUUGUUGUGUUAUGUUUUUGUUAUAUACAUACAUGUAAAGUGUAAAUAUUAUUAUUUUCUAAGUUUGUUUUCGUCCCUUUGUAUGCAUAGAUAUUUAUUUCUUCUCAUUAAGAAGUUUUUGGAUAUUA